CUGAGCCUCUCUCAUGUGUAAACAGCAUUGCCGAGCGCUGACACAACGCAGGCGGCCGCGCAGCCCGGCACCCUCUGGGCACGGCCGGGGGCUGCGUGCUGCCCCACACUGCCCUGGGGAGCACACAACCAGGGUGGGGUCCUGAGUUGUGGGGUUCCAGGCACUGCAAUAACGUGGGCGCAGAUGGCUGCAGAGCCACCAGGCCCCCACCAGGUGACAGAGGUGACACUGCUCAUUGACUGGGAGAUGCCGCAGCCCCGAAGCACUGUGCUGGUGAAUGCCCCCGGGGAUGUCAGCAUGUUUCCUGCGACAGCUCUGGGUUGUGGGGGCCAAAAGGAGGGGAGGCACAAUAGGAGGAGGUGGGGAUAAUGACUUUCUGGGUUUUCUUGAGGCCCUGCUCCUGGACUGAGAAAAGGAAGUGGAAAUUUCCCACUGCCCUACAAAGCAUGAGGGCCUUCCAGCCUGCAGAUGGGGGAUGUAGAGCAAGCAGGGGGCAUUCCUCCAGCGGCCAUCCCAGACCUGGGGCAGCAGACUUCAAAGUUUAAAAGACGCCCCUCAAGGAGCAGGGAACAGCACCAGCCACCUCUACUGUCAGCAAAGCCAGUGGGGUUUGGGAGGGGAUAGAGGGAGGGGUGGAGGAGGGAUGGAGGAAGGGCAUUGCGCUGCGGUUGGGUGGAGGACAGCACCACCGUGCGGUGCAACACCCUCCUGGCUUCAGGGACAGGGACUACAUCCCCCUCCCCCUGCCCUGUCCCUCCUUUACAGCUGCCCGCAGCCCCCAGCCCCGGCGUCAGCACCUCCCGUGCCUCAGUUUACUCCACUGCAGCACCCCCAGGCUCGGCCUCUGGAUGCACCACGGCACUGGGGCAGCAUCCCCAGAGCACACCCAGGGCACCCUCAGCCUGCAGCUCCGGGCACAGACCCAGGCACAAUCGGCUGGGGGCUGGGGACAGCAGCAGGGAAGGGUCUGGGGACAAAUAGCCAGGGUGCAAGCCACAGUGGUGCCAUUGCCUCGCUGAUGGUGUGAGCCACGGGGGCUCUUGGGGACAGCAGAGCUGCUGGUGGCACACGCAUCACUGGGGACCUUCAGUCGUCUCCGCAGAAGCCCCAAUCUGCCAACCCACACACUGUGCCACCAGCAGAGCACACAGCUCACCGUCCUGCCAGCACCUGCUCCAGCAGUGAGCCCCCAGCCACAGGAAGGGCUGUCACCAUGCUGUCACCUUGCUGCCACGGCCAGCAGAACCCCAGACCCUUCUCUGAGACAGGCUCUGCCCACGAACCCCUCUGCGCUCUCCGCUCCAGGAGGGACAGCCAGGGUUGCUGCAGCCAGCACCUGGGGAGGAGGCGGUGGCCGAGUCCCAGACCACGCUGGCCCUGGCCCUGAGCUUCUGGCACCUCGGGGACGUGCCGGACACACCUCCGGGGAAGCGCCGCGGGGCUGGGGCUUUCCCUAUUUAGCUGUGGGGCACGGCUGUGCCAGCUGCACUGCGGGCAGGAGUCCGGCCCUCCGCCGCGAUGGAGCGGGCUCCCAACCUGGUAGGUAGCGUGCCGCGGCGCGGGGCUGCCUGCUCGCUUCCCUUCUUUAAUGCCAUUACGUACACGCGUGUUUGCGGGUGGCUACCUGGCUCUGUUUGCUUUGGAGAUGCUCGCCCUGGCCCUGCCGGGCCCAUCGCUCCCGCACGUGGCACAAAGGGGACAAAGCGGGGAGCGAACCUGCGGUGGUGGCCGGAGGGAAGCGUGGCACAGCCCAGGAGGAAAGCGCAGCACUCUGCCCGGACCCCGCAUGCACGCAGGACGGUGUCACAGCGGGACCAGGGGCAGGGCGUGGGGCUGCCUCGGCUGGCUGCAGCCACAUGGAGAGCAGUACUACAGAAAGCAACUUUGUUCGGCACUGGGCAGCAUGCCGGCUGCCGGCACACGGAGCUCGGCCCUGCGAGGCCGGAGGGAGAAGGAGAGGAAAAGGCACCUUUCUUUCUCUGUCCUCAGAGCACAGAGGGAGAGGAGGGUUUGGAUAAAGAUCUCAUUCUUGCAUGGCUCAUCUCUAAGGCUCCUUGUAAACGCAAGGAGCACCAGGUACACCCUGAGCUGGGUGUGUGCGCCCGCUCCCGGCACGCUGCCACCUGGGGAUGCUCAGGACAGGCACGGGGCCCUUUGGGCUCAGCUCCCUGCACAAGGGGAUCUGCAGCCAAGAGCAUCUCCUGGGGCUCAGGCUAUGGGCUCACCACGACCAUGUGCCCACCACCCCAGUGUGCACGGUGCCACCCCAGUGCCAGGAAAUUGAGCAAAGUGCCCAUCCCCUACCUAGGGAUGCAUCCUUUUGCACAAGCUCUGCAGCCCAGGGCAGCCACGCACUGCACUCCUUUCUCCUCAGCUUCUCCUCUGCAUCUUCACCUUCGCCAUGGUUCUGGUGCCAGAAGCCAAGGAUGAAAGCAGAGCAGCCAAGGGGAGGAGAAGGGGCCCUUCACGGCUCCCCACGGCUGCUCCUGCCCCGGCCUGGGCCCCGGAUGACCCCUACACUCCAAUGGAGGACUACGAGCGCAGCAUCCAGGACAUGGUGCACCAGCUGAGGAAUGGCUCCGAGCCAGGCGACACCAAGUGCCAGGUCAACCUGCGGCUCUGGAGGUCCAACCGCAGGAGCCUGUCCCCCUGGGCCUACAGCAUCAACCACGACGCCACGCGGAUCCCGGCAGACAUCCCCGAGGCCCGGUGCCUCUGCACCGGCUGCAUCAACCCCUUCACCAUGCAGGAGGACCGCACCAUGGCCAGCAUCCCCAUCUACAGCCGGCUGCCCGUCCGCAGGCUGCUCUGCCAGGCACCAGGCGAGGUGGGGCACAAGGCCUCUGGGAGGAAGAAGUGCCACAAGAAGUAUCAGACAGUCAUGGAGACCAUCGCCGUGGGCUGCACUUGCAUCUUCUGAGGCUGCAGAAUGAAGCCCCCAAAGUCAUCUACGGGCAGCUAAGCAGCUUGCUCUUGCUUACCAAGCAUUGCCAGGCUCAGCAUUGGGGCAAGGAGUCCCUCCAAGGGCUCCCAAAAUCCCCCUGCAGACUCCACCAGCCUCAGCCCAGGCUGGUGACACCCAGUGCUGGGGCAGCUCCACAAGCAGCCCAGCAUGCCAUCCUGCCUCUGGCCUCGCCAAGAGCUCUUGAACUCCCAGAGAAAGGCCAAGGAGGAGGGAGGGGAAAGGUUUUCACCCAUCACCCUCAGCCCCAUGUGCAAACUGCAGCCCUGGGCCCGGCACAGCGGCAUGGGGCGGGGGGCAGCUGAUCUCCUGGGGAAGCUGAGGCAGCUUUUGAGGUCCUAAACAAUAAAGUGCAUUGCUGGCCUCCGUCUGACCCACUCCAUGCCUCGGCCCGUGGUGCUGCCUGGGCUGGAGGGGCCGUGCAAAGCAGGGAGGAGCAGCAGGAACAGGGCCCCGCUCCUGCCCAGCCAGCAUCUAUCUG